CAAUGGCUACGACCCGGAACCUGUAUAAACAAAUCCUUACAUGAAGUAAACCUCUAAAAUGUAACAGCUAAAGUCUAUCAAGUCUCCGCUUCGUUUGAAAGAACAGAACAAGCAGGUUUUAGUUGACUGAAGUUGUCGUUAACUAUGAAAGGAACAGCUAAAAGCAAGGUAGUGACAUCAGGAAGGCUGGCAGGAAGAGUCAAAGUCCAGCCAGCCAAGAGACGAGUGACUCUAAGUCCAGGACCAACAGCCUGCCCUGAGCCAGCCUACUCUCUGUACUCCACAGACUCUGAAGACCAGGUCACUUCUCUCCAUAAGGGUCUGGACCGAUGUGCUGCCUUGCUUAGUGGCAUCCUUCAGGCUGAGAAGGCAGCCAUGCCAAGCCUUCCCACAGCAGUGAUGGGUGGAGCAACCAAAUCCAGACCAUCUACCUCACUGGGUAAGAGGACUGUCAAGAAACUACCUACACAGACAGGCCAGAGGAGCUGUCAUUCAGUCCAGCGUGCACCAGGAAGCACGACUCCAAGAGCAACACGUCAGCCUACUGUUCCAGCUGCACAUUCAGGCGUAAAGCUCCACCCACCUCAGAAACGACCUCACACCCCGCUGCAGUCUCACUUACCUGCAUCACAACGCCAAACCUUCUCCGCUGCUACUCCUCCACCUGACACCUCCACCCCUCCACCCCAUCCUCACUUAGACCGGCUGCCUCUCCCCCAGACUGACUGCCGGUCUGACUCUGAAGCCCUGCGUACAGACUGUAGGGAAGAGUUUGAUCGAGAAGAGGAGGACUUUGUUCCAGUGAAAGACAUCAAUACCCAAAGCACGGCCACAGACACACACACAGCUGUCAGACACACACACAUACACACCUGUACCAUGAAGAUGUCAAAAAUGCAGCUGGAGUCUGGACAGGUUGAUAAAGUCCCUCAGGAUGCACACAGCAUGGAGGACUGCAGCGCAGAAACAGAAGUGAAAGUGAAGACUGUUCACUAUCUGCUGAGAGAGCUCAAGGCUCUAAUCACUGGACAAGGCAGUGUAGCAGAGAGGCUGAUCAGUCAUUUGGAGCAGACUGUGUCUGUACCACAGGUGAAUGGUGACAGUUCAAACAUCCAGAGUGAACCGGACCUAUCAUCACUACACAGCCAGAACACUCUGCUGCGCAGGCGUGUGAAGACUCUGCAGCAGCAGUUGAAAGAGAGGGAGAAGGCAGAGAGACAACAGAAUAUGGAGACACUCUUUAACUCAGAAGUGUUUACACUCCAGGAGGAGCUCACUGUAGCUCAGUCCCAACUGCAUGAAGUCCAGGAGGAGCUUGCAGAACUACAGAAAGCCCUUCAGGACACACAGAGCCAGCUAAGAGACAGAGACGCGCAGAAUGCCCUUAUCAUGACAGAGUUGGAGGCUACUAGAAGCAAGUUGCUGAACAGUGAGAGAGAGAAAAGUGAGUUGGCCUUGCUCGCCCAGCAACGACUGGAAGAGAUCGGACACUUGAGCAGGACUCUUCAGAGUCAGAAUCCAUCAGAAUGUUAUAAAGUUGUUGACAGCUCAGUGUCAGACACUCUGGUUCUAAAACAUUUUGAACAACACCAGCACAGACAAGAUCCAGCAGAGCCUCCCACUGACCGCAUCACCCAGUACCUGAUGUCUCUAGGUCAGCCGGAGCCCGCAGAGAGAGAAGGAAACACACUAGAGCAAAAGAAACUGACCUUAGUCAAGCUGAGAGACACAUUAUCACGUCCCGAUGUAAAACCUAAAGAGACUUCAGCCUGUCACCAAAACCCUCACAUCGACCAAUCGCAUCAUUCUGACAAAAUCUGGUUAUGUGGUCGACUGUUGAACUCCACGUUGUCCCAGUGUGAUGUGGAAUCUGUGUGGUCCAAUUGUAGCGUGAGGUCAGGGUCGACCUUUGACACCAGAGACGAGGCAGCGUUCAGAGAUGGCCUGUCGGCUCUGGAUGCGAGCAUUGCCAGUCUGCAGAAGACUAUUCAGCUGGAUCUGGGGAGGUGAUACACACUCAGCUUCACUUCGCUUCAGCUUUUAUAUGAGCUACUCUGUUAUUAUGUUUUCAUGAAAUAUGUUGUAACACAUAAUCUCCUUUUUGUAUUUAGCAUUUUUCCCUUUUUGAGGGUUUUAAUAAGGGAUUUUUCAGAUUGGAAAUAAAGCAUUUUAAAACA